CAGGAACAAGAACUGGCAACGUCACUAAAAUUCAUAACAUCAGGAAAAUACAAAAGUUUUGGCCAAAGAAUUAAGUGGGCGUGUUUCUUUUUUUCGAUAACUAGUAUUUAAAUGAUUAGAUCAACUGUUUGUUUUUUACGCAAUACAAAGCCUUGACAAGAAUGACGCGCUCGGCCCACUAUUUAUUGUUUCUGCAGUAAGGAUUCACCCUCUUCAGAGAAUUAUUGUGUAAUUUAUCAGCAGGUAAUCGCUGUUUUGAGCUCAAAAAGCACCUCGUAGCUGUAUGUAAACCAGGGAGCGAAAUGAACGGCUCUUUCACCGAUGCAAUUCGGUUACCGACGUUCACCAAAAAGAUCCGUUCAAAAACAACCUGUCGUUAUCGAAAGACCCAUUACUAGUUGAAACAAGAAAUAUUUGUAUAAGGAAGUAGAGGAAGUAACGGACGUUAUCGUCGAAGAAACAUGUUUCAGAGCUGAGUGAGUUUUGACUUACAUCUAAUAUGAGUCUCUCUGGGGAGAGAGAGGAGGAGACCACGGCCUCUAAAAUGAGUCUCUCUGGGGAGAGAGAGGAGGGGACCACUGACUCUAAAAUGACUCAAGAUACCAGUUCUAAGUGUGUCCAGAAGCCCAGAGCAGAGUCACCUACAACCAGCCUGCUAUCAAUGAAGAGUGAUCAGCCACCUGCUUUCAGCCAGGAACCAUUACCAGAUGACAAUAAGGAAGUGGAGAGUUUGGACAGUGAGGAUGUAUUAAAGAUCACACACAACCUUCUGGACAGAAGAAGUCAAACUCUGCUGAUAGUCCAACAUGACAUUAAGGCUAAACUGAAACACAAGUAUCAACACAUAUCUGAAGGAAUUGGACACCAUGGAAAUCAAUGUUUGUUCAAAGACAUCUACACAGACCUCUACAUCACAGAGGGUGGAAGUGGAGGGCUCAAUAAUGAACAUGAGGUUAGACAGAUAGAGAUGGCAUCCAAGAAACAAACCACACAAGAGACACCAAUCAAAUGCAACGACAUCUUCAAGCCUUUACCUGGACAAGACAAACCAAUCAGAACUGUGCUGACCAAAGGAAUCGCUGGCAUUGGAAAAACAGUCUCUGUGCAGAAGGUCAUCCUUGACUGGGCAGAGGGAAAAGCAAAUCAGGACGUUCAUUUCAUGUUUCCUCUUCCUUUCCGUGAUCUGAACCUGAAAAAGGACCAAUACAGUCUGAUGCAACUUCUUUCCCACUACUUCCCAGAGCUGAAAGAGAUUGACAGCAUUGAAGAUGGUGAAACCAAAACUGUUUUCAUUUUUGAUGGUCUGGAUGAGUGUCGACUUCCUCUAGACUUCAAAAACAAUGAGAAGUGCUGUGAUGUCACGAAGCCAACCUCAGUGGACGUGCUGCUGACAAACCUCAUCAAGGGGAAUUUGCUUCCCUCUGCUCUACUCUGGAUAACUUCACGACCUGCAGCAGCCAAUCAGAUCCCUCCUGAGUGUGUUGACCAGAUGACAGAGGUACGAGGGUUCAAUGAUCCACAGAAGAAGGAGUACUUCAGGAAGAAAAUCACAGAUCAGAAACUGGCCAAUGAAAUCAUCAAACACAUGAAGACAUCAAGGAGCCUCCACAUCAUGUGCCACAUGCCAGUCUUCUGUUGGAUAUCAGCCACUGUCCUUGAGAUGAUGCUGAAAGAGGCAGAGAAGGAUGAAGUCCCCAAAACUCUGACCCAGAUGUACUCACACUUCAUUCUCAUCCAAAUCAUUGCGAAGAACAAGAAGUACCACAAAGCCACAGAGACGAACCCAAAGGAAAUGUCUCAGUCAGACAAAGCGAUGAUCCUGAAACUGGCAAAGCUGGCUUUCCAACAGCUGCUGAAGGGCAACCUGAUCUUCUAUGAGGAGGACCUGAGAGAGUGUGGCCUUGAUGUCACAGAGGCAUCAGAGUACUCAGCAUUGUGUGCAGAGAUCUUUAAAGAGGAAUCUGGGCUGUACCAAGACAAGGUCUACAGCUUUGUGCAUCUGAGCAUUCAGGAGUUUCUAGCAGCAGUGCAUGCUUUAGAAUCAUGUCUGGACAAGAAGGAAAAUGUUUUCUCCCCCAAAGCAGUCCCUACUGAUGAUGAAGAAGAGGAGGAGUCAAUCCAGUUGUCUGACUUACACAGGAGAGCAGUGGACCAGGCCUUGAAGAGUGAGAAUGGACACCUGGACUUGUUCCUCCGCUUCCUUCUGGGUCUCUCACUGGAGUCCAAUCAGAAUCUGUUACGAGGCCUUCUGACACAGACAGGAAGUACAACACAGACCAAUGAGGAAACAGUUAAAAGAACAGUCAGGUACCUUUCAGACAAGAUCAACCAGGAAUCCUCACCAGAAAGGAUCAUCAACUUGUUCCACUGUCUGAAUGAACUUGGUGCCAAUUCUCUAGUUGAAGACAUGCAGACCUCCCUGCAUUCAGGAACUCUUUCAGAAACAAGACUAAAACCUGACCAAUGUUCAGCCCUGGCCUACCUGUUACUGAUGUCAGAGGAGGUGCUGGAGGAGUUUGACCUGAAGACAUACAACACAUCAGAGAAAGGUUAUCAGAGGUUGCUGCCGGUAGUGAGAACCUGUAAGAGAGCACUGUAA